UGAGGCCGGGUUAGAGUUGGGUGCAGCACCACCAGAGGAGGAAGCGGAGUUUCCGGCUGUUUGAAGCGGAGUGAGAGGAUUGCUGACGCCGCGAAACCCCAAGAUAAACGCCGCCGGCUCCGGGGGCUAACAAUUCCAAGGAUCGGUUGUGGCCCUUUCCUUUCAUACCGGGGGAUCUGGGGGUCUGUGAUCUUUUUUACGAGCCCAGUGGUCGGUUAGCAAACCAAUAACAGCAGCGGCACAAGGCGGGGGUGAGCCACCAGCUACCGGCAUGGCCAGGGACUACGAUUACCUCUUCAAGCUGCUCAUCAUUGGUGACAGCGGAGUGGGGAAGAGCAGUCUCCUCCUGCGAUUUGCAGACAACACUUUUUCAGGUAGCUAUAUUACCACAAUUGGUGUGGACUUUAAGAUCCGAACAGUUGAGAUCAACGGAGAGAAAGUGAAGCUACAGAUCUGGGAUACAGCAGGACAGGAGCGAUUCCGCACAAUCACAUCCACAUAUUACAGAGGAACACAUGGGGUCAUAGUGGUUUACGACGUCACGAGUGCCGAGUCCUUUGUCAAUGUCAAACGAUGGCUUCAUGAAAUCAACCAGAACUGUGACGAUGUGUGCCGAAUAUUAGUGGGAAACAAAAAUGACGACCCCAACUCCAAGGUGGUGGAGACAACUGACGCAGAGAAGUUCGCUGAGCAGAUGGGAAUCAAGCUGUUUGAGACGAGUGCAAAAGAAAACAUCAAUGUUGAAGAGAUGUUCAACCACAUCACAGAGCUAGUGCUAAGAGCCAAGAAGGAGGUGCUAGCCAAGCAGCAGCAGCAGCAACAGAACGACGUGGUCAAACUCACCCGGAACAGUAAACGAAAGAAAAAGUGCUGCUAGCGACCUCCAAGCCACCUACAAAAGGCCAGCGGCAUAUAUUCUUUACACAAGCAUACACACAAGAUGGGACUCAGAGCAUCUAAAUUAAAGAGCAGAUAAAGAUUUAAUAAAUAUACAGUAAAAGAUAAAAAUAAAUGGAAAAAAUGUCCCCUUUGGACAAACUAAUCAUGAAGACUUAAAAAUGUACAGAUUCUAUUUGACCUCAGAUCAAGUUUUAUUCGGAAUUCAGCAGGUGGGCACGAUGACCUGAAGUCUUUAACGGAUCUGCAAGCUGACAACCAACUGCCAUAGUCGUCCAAUUUACAUCCACACAGUCCCCUACUCUUGCAAUAGAAUCGUCUCUCCUUCUCAUUCCACUGCACAAGGGACAUGAAGAGUUGUGUCGGACUCUGCACCUGAGGAGAAGGAGGGCCCACCUUAUCCGGAUUUCUUUGUUUGUUCCUAGGUUAUUUUUUUGUUUUGUUUUGUUGAUUUUUUUUGGACAGAGACGGGGCGUGUUUGGUUUGCAGGAAGGAGCGUGUCUGUGUUACGGCGAGGUUUCGCCGCCUCCCUACAGCUUCAACAUUUCAGACACCUGUUCCUUACCACCUACACCAAGACAUCAUGAACUAUGUUUUGUUUUAUUUGACUUGAUGGGAAAAAAAAUCAUGCAGAUUUUGAUGUUAAGGAUGAUGAUUGGAUGACAGCCUUUAGUAACUGAUGCAAUGGACAGACCUGAUGAAUUCUCAUGUUUUUGUUUUUCUUUGUCUAUAUUUUUGCCAAGCUUUGCACCUCUUCCUUCUAACAUCCAGUAGUGUUGAGCCACAUUAAUUAAUAUUUCUCUUUUCUGUCUUUUUAUUUUGAAGUGCAACAGAGCGGUAAAACCACUCCUGGAGCUGUUGGACACAAAGCUCUGAAAGCUCUGUUCACUGCAGUCUUACUAUGUUUUCAGAGUUUGCUUUUAAACCUUUUCCUCCACCUUUUUUUUUAAUGAAACUGCCAAGAUCAUAAAAAACAUAAUGAGCUCAGUGGCGAAUCUCAUUGGACUGUUGCCAUAGUGGCCCCUGGUUCGCCCAGAGGCAGGAAGAAUCAGGGUCUUAUGGGACCCUGUUGAGUCCUCAGGAAGUGCUCAGGGCUGCCCUCCUCCUCUCCCUAACCCAAGGUAUUUCUACAGCCACUUUCGUUCUUCCCCAUUGAAGCCCACGUAUCAGCACCUCUCACGGCCAUGGACUUACCUCUCAUCUCAGCAGACUCGUCCGGUUAAUCAGGGGGCAAGGGGAGACGGGAGAUUUGUCUCUGGAUCACUGGUCCAUGCUAGACUGGUUUUAAAUCACUUCAUGAAGGCGGUUUAAGAGGUUCUACCUGACAUGCUUGUAAGACUUUCAUGGUUUUACUGUAUUUUCUCAGAUAACAGUUGAGAUGUUAAAAUCUGAUGCCACGUUACUCAUGGCUUUCCUGUGUUCCAGCCCCCAGCUCCUGUGUAAACUGAAGUGUUACUGGACAGUGUUUUUGGCAUCCUAGAUGAGAGUGUGACGGACACGAGACGCAUUAAUUUAAGAACAAAUGGGGAGAAGUACAGCCCUAGAAUCCAGUGUUCAAGCCUGAGCUCCAUUUCCUCUCCAUAUUCAGGGUUUGUCACAGAUGCUGACAUCGUACAAGGUCUAUUACUGACAAUGGUUUUCUUUUAUGUUAAAUUGGGAGAGUAAUAUAUGGAGAGAGCUGUAAGUCUUGGCUUCAAAUCUGUCGGAACAAUUAGUUUGCAUUCUCUGGACUCUGGCGACCAGUUUUGGAUCCUGAUACAUGAAGUCCAGGGCCUAAAAAUGGUAUUAGACCUCACACAUUAUGAUUUCUUUUAUUACGUGUAUGUAUAUAUAAAUAUAUUUGUGUGUUUAUAUUCAAUAUAGUACAUACACACAUAAUUAGCACACCAAACUGUGCAUGUGUUGAACAUGCCUAUGUGCUAUGGUUGAAACACACCUGUCAGCUGUGGUUUGCUGUACACUGGAGAAAAAGAAAUGAACUAUUCAUUUUUCCCUACAUGAAUUUAAUCAGUAAUAAGCAUUUUAAAGGAAUAAAUAUUUGACACAUAAUGACCUAUCUCAUGUGUCAGUGCUUUGAGGCUUGGUCUUAACUUUGUUUUAAACCUGUGUCUUUGAUUUCUGUGAAUAAACUUGUAUGGGAGGAAGUGUA